CUCCCAUCCAUCCACCCUCCCAUCCAUCCACCCUCCCAGCCACCCACCCACCCACCCACCCAUCCAUCCAUCCAUCCACCCAGCCACCCACCCAUCCACCCAUCCACCCACCCAUCCACCCACCCAUCCACCCACCCAUCCACCAUCCACACAUCCAUCCAUCCACCCUCCCAUCCAUCCACCCUCCCAUCCAUCCACCCACCCAGCCACCCACCCAUCCACCCAUCCAUCCACCCACUCACCCACCUAGCCACCCACCCAUCCACCCAGCCACCCAUCCAUCCACCCAGCCACCCACCCACCCAGCCACCCAGCCACCCAUCCAUCCACCCAACCACCCACCCAUCCACCCAUCCAACCACCCACCCAUCCACCCACCCAUCCACCCAUCCACCCAUCCACCCCACCCACCCAUCCACCCAUCCAACCACCCACCCAUCCACCCAUCCACCCAUCCAUUCACCCUCCCAUCCAUCCACCCUCCCAGCCACCCACCCACCCAUCCACCCAUCCAUCCACCCACUCACCCACCUAGCCACCCACCCAUCCACCCAUCCACCCAUCCACCCUCCCAUCCAUCCACCCAACCACCCACCCAUCCACCCAUCCAACCACCCACCCAUCCACCCAUCCAUCCACCCACUCACCCACCUAGCCACCCACCCAUCCACCCAGCCACCCAUCCAUCCACCCACCCAGCCACCCAGCCACCCACCCACCCACCCAGCCACCCAUCCAUCCACCCAACCAACCACCCAUCCACCCAUCCAACCACCCACCCAUCCACCCACCCACCCAUCCACCCAUCCACCCAUCCACCCUCCCAUCCAUCCACCCAACCACCCACCCAUCCAACCACCCACCCAUCCACCCACCCAUCCACCCAUCCACCCACCCACGCACCCACCCAUCCAUCCAUCCAUCCACCCAUCCAUCCACCCACCCACCCACCCACCCAGCCAUCCAUCCACCCAGCCACCCACCCAGCCAUUCAUUCAGCAGAUACUGAUGGGGGCUCCUCUGUGCCAGAUGCUGGGGACCCAGCCCUGCCACAAGGGCCUCGCUCCUAGGAGCAGGCAAGCCUCAGUAAGGACAUUAGAGAGAAUGUUGAGAGAUGAUUCACUCCAGGGAGAGGAAUAAAGCAGGGCCACUGGGUCAGGAGUUGCGGGGUGGGUGCUAUCAAAGAGGUGAGUGGGGCAGGUGUCUGAGAAUCGAGGUUCUAGCAAAGUCUUGAAGGAGGCGAGGGAGCUGGCUGGUGGGAUCUGGGUUGAAGGCAUCAGGCAGCGGCGGCAGUGGCUCUCCUGGCUUCACGUAUUCGUGCCCUAGGACCGCUGCGACAAAGUACCACAUACUGGGUAGCUUAACACGACAGAAAAUUAUCCUCAGUCCCGGAAGCCGGAAGUCCAAAAUCAAGGUGUUGGCAGGGUUGGUUCCUCCUGCAGUCUCUGAGGGAGGAUCUGGUCUAGGCCUCUCUCCUGGCUUCUGGGGGCUCCGGACAUCCCGUGUCUUAUGGACGCGUCACUCCACUCUCUAACGCCAUCUUCCUGUGGCCUCCCCCACAUGGCUCUGUGUCUCUCCUCUUGUUAUAAGGAUGCCAGUCUUUGGAUUUAGGGCCCACCCUCAUCCAGCAGGACCUCUUCUGAGCUAACUACAUCUGCAAAGACCUCAUUUCCAGAAGAGGUCAUAUCCACGGGUGCCUGGGGGUCAGGACUCAACGCAUACCUUCUGGGGGACGCAGUUCAGCCCACAGCACUUUGGUUGUCUUGAGUAUGGCUUCAGCCCAGGACUGGCUUUGGACGCACUGAGCAUCCUGACCCCGUCCUGAGGAAAGGGUGAGGAUGUGAGGAUGGUAACAAGUUCCCAUACCUGGCACCCUCCCCCCAGGCCAGGCCAGGUGCUAAGCUGCCCACACAGUCUCACCCAGAGUUCACAACAGCCCGUGAGGCAGGGCAGGGGGACCCACUGUACACAGCAGCCCGUUCCUGCACCUGCAGAGCUCGGGGGAGGGGGGUCCCUGCCUUUUCUCCCCUCCACCCCGUGCCCUGUGGUCCCCCUCAGCUAGGGACGGCCUUGGUCUCAGGGGGUCCCAGGGGCCACAGUGCCCAGCGUGGAACCCGCCUCCUCGGGCAUCUGUCACGGUUCCCAGUUCGGGUCCCAGGGCGGGUCUCGGUGAGGUGGAAGGAAGCAGCCAUUGCUGUCACCUGGGCCUGGUGGCCCUGGGGACAGAGCUGUGAGGGAGGGCUGGGGAGAGCCCUGGCUGACUGUGUGCAUUAUGGCACUGAAUCCUCUCAGUGGCCACGAGUCAGGGAUUGGGGUUACCCCGGUCUGCAGAAGAGGGAGCCGAGGCCCAGAGCGGCAGCACCGCACCCCCAGCGUUUCUGCUACCGGCCUGCGGCCACACCCCCUCUGUCAUGGUCACAGCCCCCACUUGCACAUCAGCCCAGCGCCUGGCACGUAGGACUCAGGUGGUAAACGGAAGCUACGGUUAUUACCAUCAUCACCUCUGGUUCUCCUUUUCGUUGGUAUCCGGUGUUUUACCUCCCCGGCGGCAGGAGGGCGGAUCUGACUGGUCCCCCACCGACUCCCAGUGCCCAGGCCAGGACCGGACGCCUGGUGGGCCCUCGGACACAUCUGUCACUGCCCAAAUGGUUUCAUCUGGGCCUCCUACCUUGUAAGCUCCUAGAGGGCAGGACCCUGGUUCUAGCCUCACCGGUCUCCCCAGGGAGCCCAGGACAGUGCGGGGCAUUCGGGGAGCCCCAGAGGGUACCACACAGAGCAGGAGGUGCCUCGGUGGGAGCUGCAGAGCUGGUGGCGGCGCCUCCCCUGCACGUGGGGCAGCGUCCCUGCCUGCCCGGCUCGCCUGGUGGGGACCAAGUGAAGCAGCAACCUGCCAAACGAGCCCAAACCACUGGGCUGCAUCGGGGUCCUGCACGUGGGUAACCACCACAGGUCACAGUCCAUGGCCUGGCUGCGCACGAGGCCCUCCUGCGUGCUGAUGCUGCCCGCCGACCCCCACCCGCCUCUACUCCCUGCCUCCCCGGUGGCCUCUGGCGCAGGUGCCACACCCGUCCAGUGUUUCUCGCCUCUGCGCCUGCCACGCCCCCCUCCAGCCCCUCUCUGUCUCCUGGGAAACUCCAAGUCGUGCUCUGCGACCCACUCAGCACCCAGCGGAGUGGCUAAAAGCCAGGAGGCUGACAACACCAAGUGCUGACGAGGCUGCAGAGCAGCUGAAAGUGGCGUGUGUUCCCACAGGAGCACAAGAUGCCUCCUCAUGGGAGGACUGACCACCGUUUCCCGUAACGUCCAGCAUCCACCUGCCCUGGAACCGGUAGUUAGACUCCUGCGAACUCACCCAAGAGACUGGAAGACACGUGUUCACAAAAGACAUGCUUGAUAGUGUCCACAACAGCCUGAUUCAUGACGGCCAGAAAUGUCCACCACCAGGUGAAAGGCUAGACAUCCUUAUUACAGGACGCUGCUCAGCUAUGAAAAGGAAGGAACUGUUGGCUCACAAACGUCAUGGACAGCUCUGGAGACAAGCCCAGCGAGUGUGUGGGGGGUACGUUUAAAGAAACCCUAGAUCAGGCAAAAGUGGUUUAUGGUGACAAAAAUCAGAACAGUGGAGGAGGGGCGUUGACUAGAGGCGGUGAUGGGGACGGUUCGUAUCUUGCUCUGGCCGCCAGUCACAUAGGCGUAUAAACUUGCCCAAGUGCAUGUAUGUAUCUGUAUGUACUAUGUGUGUGUUUGCGUGUGUGUGUGAAGGUGUGGAAAGACCCCCCUCCUCAGGCCUUACCCUCCCAGGGCUGCUUCCCCUAUGUCCCCCCUCCCCCACCGCCAGCCGAGGCAAGAACCCCUCCCUCGUGCUCCCCCGUCGGCAUCUCCGUCUCGUCUUUGCUCCACUGUAAUCAUGGGUCUGGCUGCGCCCCAGCCUUCAGGGCACCGCUGGUGGACACUGGUGGUGUUGCAUCCUUUUCAUCCGUGUGCCACCCUGAGCCCAGCAUCGCUCCUGCUGCCUCUGGGGGCUCAGUAGGCGUUUACUGAACAGACAAAUGAGGAAAUGAUUGCUGUGUCUUUAUAUUUAUGGUUCCGCUACAGUCUAGAUACAUGUUUAUGUCCAUAACCUCCAUUUCCUGUUUAUAUCGAUCUCUGUUAAAUCCAUAUAGAGCCAUAAACUCAAUUUCCAGUGCCUCUGUGUCACUAACUCUCUCUGUGAACCUAACUAGGCUCCUGGGACGGUAUAGGCACCAGUCAACCCACAGGUCCUCAGGGUCCCCGUGGGCUGACAGAUCAGCAGCCCCUGCCGGCCCCUCCCCCCAGGCUGGCCUGCUUCCAAAGACCCUGUGCCACCUCCCCCUUCUCGCCUUUCUUGUCCCCUGCCAGUGUGGGUGUCUGCCCCCUGCUCUAACGUAUCGCAUAGAGCUCAGGGGUUCUGAGGUCAGGCUCUGAGCUGAAGAGUGCUCGGUUUGAUUUCUGGCUCUGCUGUGUGACCUUGAGCAAGUCACUUAUUCUCCAGGCCUCAGUUUACUCAUCUGCGAAAUAGGACAGUAUCAGCACCAGCCUCGUAGGGAUGUCAGGGGGACCAGGUGAGGUUUUGCUCGUAAAGCUCUGAGCUGGGUGCAUGAGGGGAACUGGCCUGCCAGGCACACCCUGUGUGCCCCCCAGGGGUUGUGUGAGGUGAGGGGGGUCUCCAGAUGCAGAGUGAUGCCAGCCUUGCCCCACCCCUGCACCCGGGCAGCCUCCGGUGGCCUUCUCAGCACAAAGAGCGUUUUCAGCUCAGACCAAAUAGCCCUAAGCUAAUUUUAAAAUAAGGCUCGCAUGGUGGCUACAAUUAAUAAUACUGUUAUAUACUUGAAGGCUGCUACGAGAGUAGUUCUUAAAUGUUCUCACCACAAAAAAAAAGAUGGCAGUUAUGAGAGGUGAUGGAGGUGUUAGCUAACGCUAUGGUGAUAAUCAUUCUGCAAUGUGUAAGUGUAUCAAAUCAACACAUUGUAUAUCUUAAACCUAUACAAUGUUAUAUGUCAAUUAUAUCUCAAUAAAGCUGAGGAAAAACAUUUUAGUACAAAAAAUUAGAAGGACAAAGGUUUUUAAUAAGUCUCUCAUUUAAAUUGAAAGAAAAUUAACAAAGGGAUUUAUAUUUUUAAAAAAAUGGGGGGACCUCCCUGGUGGUGCAGUGGUUAAGAAUCCCCCUGCCAAUGCAGGGGACACGGGUUCGAGCCCUGGUCCGGGAAGAUCCCACAUGCGGCGGAGCAGCUAAGCCCGCGAGCCGCAACUACUGAAGCCCGUGCGCCUAGAACCCGUGCUCAGCAACAAAGACAAGCCACCGCAAUGAGAAGCCCGCGCGCCGCAAGGAAGAGUAGCCCCCGCUCGCCGCAACCAGAGAAAGCCCGCGCGCAGCAACGAAGACCCA